UAUUAAAGCUUUGUAUAUUUGAACAUAUCCAUCGUUGACUUCUAUUCAAAGUAAAGCACAAUGGUAACGAAGAUUGAAGAAAUCACUGAUGAAAAUGAGGUUGGUGGAAGCUUUCCUGAACAAGAACAUUUAGUACAAAUAGCUCGGUCUGUGUUCAAUCCUAAUGGGGAUAACGUUGAAAUGGACGAGUUUAUCUCUAGCUCAUUUCAGUAUAUUCUGGAAGUGAUGUAUAAGAUGACAAAUACUACUGAUAAAGAAGAGACUGCCAAACAAGUAGCAGAAGAUUUAAAUAGCAAAUUUGAUACUUGGAAAGCCAAUAGGGAAUCCAAUAAUCAAGAGACAAAAGAAUAGGAUUUUUUUCUCGAAACCAUAUAUAGACAACU